GUGUUAUAUCGUCCAAAUUGCGAUGGGCUGAAGCAUUGGCAAGCUUGAAGUGCCAAUGGCUGUUCGAUCCCUACCACCAAGUCUUGCCGCUAGCUGAGUCGCCUCUGACAUUCGACAGCCAAACACGGGGCCGAACAUGAAGAAUAAGAACAAAACCACCAAGUUUCCCGUCGCCCGGAUAAAGCGCAUCAUGCAGAAGGAUGAGGAGGUCGGAAAGGUCGCACAGGCCACGCCCAUUGUCAUCUCGAAAGCACUGGAGCUCUUCCUCGCGAUGAUCAUCGAGGAGGCGAGCAACGUCACGACGGAGCGGGGUGCGAAGAGAGUAGAGGCGUAUCAUCUAAAGCACGCCGUCGAGACGGUCGACGUGCUCGACUUCCUCAAAGAGAUCGUUGAGGCUGUCCCCGACCCUUCAGCCGGGGGGACGAUUGACCUAGAUGCCGACACAAACGAGUCUGGGCGGAAACGGCGCGGAGGAAAGGGGAAGCGCGCCGCUGUUGCGGAGGGCGAGGAACCCGCAGCCCCGCGGCGGCGGCGAAAGAAGGGCGAGGCAAAAGAGGAGGGCGAAGGCGGUCAAGGCAAGCGACGCGCGAAGAAGAAAGAGAAAGUAGAGAAGGAGAAGGAGAAGGGCGAAGAUCUGGACAUGGAGGACGAAGAGGGAACGGGCGGCGAGGCGGGCCCUGUGCGUAGGGAUGAGUACGACGAUGAUGACUGGGAGGGCUAGGCGUGUGCUGGUGGGUCAACGAAAGCGAGACGGAACUCUGCUCUGUAUUUCUGUAUUGUACUUGUGUGGGAUUAGCGUGGACUCUGUAAUGCUAAUAUUUGGUGACAUCGAUGGUACAAA